GCUAAAUCGGUGCCUUCCUGCUAGAGGAAAUACUCCGCUCCAAUGGGGGAAUGCUACGCGGCCUUGUGGGGAAUUAGUCACUUCCGAGCUUACUUAUAUGGCCAAAAGUUCAAAUUGGUGACUGAUCAUGAACCACUUUUGGCCCUGAAGAAGUCCAACGACUUCUUGGGCAUGAUCAGGCAUUGGGCUACCACGUUGCAGAGCAUGGACUUUGACAUCCGUCAUCAGAAACACGAGAAACACGGCAACGUGGACAAGCUGACACGGCUGGAUCGACCUGAUAGAGUGCCCAAGAGUGAGGAAGUGACAUCGUGGCGCGAUCCGGAAUCAAAGGACGAGCCCCAAUACGGAAAUUGGAAAAGGAGGCCUACCAAGAUGCCGGAGGGUGGCAGUAUAUCGGAUGGCGCUGGGAGGGUCAUGACCCUUGAGGACCUCAUCGCAACACUAGAUCGACAUGAGAAGACCCCAAGUAAUGUUCCGAAGGUUGAGACCUUCCUCUUUGAUGGGAAAAGGGUCUCAGACUGGCUAGACCUGGUGGAGCAGGCAAUGGUGGGAUUGUCAGAUGAGGUGAAAUUCCAGCGUAUUAUGAGGUACGUGCUCCAUAGGCAUCAUCAGGAGGUGCAAAAGGUUGUGGAUGCCGCCCAUGGCAGUUGGGCAAGAUUCAAGGAGAGCAUGCUGCGCAAGUAUCGGUUGGGUGAUGGGGUGCUUACCAUCUCAGAUCUUGAGGGAAUGAACAAGGAUGACUUUACCACGAUAGGGGCCUUCGUACAACAGUUUAAGAAGAAGGCAAGGAAAGUUCACGGGAUCUCUGAGGAGAGGCAGUGCGCUAUCUUUCAGGGGCUGCUCACUGGGUCAGAGGCAGCCGAACUGACGAGCAGGAGAGGUGGAGCUUAUCUAUCGACUUCUAGCGGGGAGAAAAGGUCCCGCGAUGGCGCAAGCACAAACAACAAGCCGACCUUUUUUAGGAGACGGGUUAAGCAGGGCGCCCAAAGGCGGUACAAAACAAUAGAUAAAAAGUGUCGCCCUGUUCUCGUGCUCGUUACGGAGGAUGAAGAGGCUUAUUACGAGCGGGAGCGAGGAUUGAUACGGCGAAUGCAAGAGCAGGCACUGAAGGAUCCAUGCCGUAUCAAUGAUGGAAAUGAAGAGAAGUUAAUCGUCGGGGAGCCAUAUUUUCUUUCGCCCCAGGAACGGGCGCUGAUGGUGAGGCUGAUGAAGAAGAGGCAUGGCGCAUACGCCUUUAAUGAUGACCAGCGUGGGAGGCUGGACGUGGAUAAGAUCCCGAUGAUCCGGAUCCACACGGUCCCCCACGAGCCCUGGAAUGUAAGAGGUGCACGAUACCCAAACCCUGAUGAGGAGAAGAUGGUGGUGGACUAUCUGGAUGGCAAGAUGCGCACGCAUGUUGCCGACUACUCUAGCGAUCCGUAUGCUUCCCCUUGGUUCUGCUUCAUUAAGCCGAACGGGACGCUACGGUGGGUACAGGAUUUGCAGCGACUAAAUGCGGUCACGGUGCGAGAUGCGCGAGGCUUGCCGAACGCAGAUGCACUGUCGGAGUCAUGCGCGGGGAGGCCUAUAAUCUCACUUAUAGACCUUUAUUCCAGGUCUGACUUUUUGAAGGCAGCCAUGCAGAGGGGUGGCCGGGGACAGAGACCUCUCGGGGCAUCCGGAGGGGAGGAGCGGCAUGGGCCCUUCAGGAGAGAGCCUACACCCGUGUUUGAUGACGACAACAUCGAGCUCUUCUUGGACGCUUACCGAGAGCAUGCAGCCCAGAGAGGAUGGGACGUGUCUAAGAGGGCACUACUCAUUUGGACCAGAGGAGCGGAGCGUCCGCUGGCGAGAAAGAUCCAGGGUCGGGCACGAGAUUGGGAGGAUUGUCGGGCUCAGUUGAAGGUGGCGUUUCGGCGACCGGAACCAGAGAGGCCAGAACCAAGGGUUGAUAGAAGGCGACGAAGCAAGAGGUUAAGGGAUUUGGAGGCAAGAGAGCUGGUGACGUCGAGAGGUGGCCAGAAGGCCCUGGCACAGCGGGAAGGAGGACAAGCAGGACCGACUAGGGCAAGGGAGUCCUUCCCUGCUUGUGGCCUCAGGCAGGUGGAGCUCCAUCCAGACACAGAGGGUGACCUACCGGUGUCCUCGCUACAGGCACCAGAGCAGAGGGAGAGCGAGGUACCAGCAGCACCAUUCAGGGGCCUGGAAGCCCACCUGGACGCGUCCCAGUGGGAGGCCUCCUCAGCAGGAGUGAGCCCUAUGGACCCAUCAGGAGGGGAGCGGAUUCGCCCCGAGCCCGAGGCAGAGCCCCUCAGGUUGAAGGGGGUAGGUGCGGAAGAUAUUAUUAUGGUGGAGGGUGAUACUCCCCCUGACUCCCCAGCUCGAGCUCAGACACGGCGGUCUUGGCCAGAGGGCGUCCCGGAGCCAGACAACCAAGAGGCCCCAGUACCACCACCAGAAGCCGCUAUGUCACCCAGGCAGGAGAUUGAAGCACGGGGACCGGGAGAAGGGUGGGGAACUAAGCCCCGCCUAGUCAUUGAUUCACGUUUAGCCGUGCACGCGGCUGAGCACCCUGACAUUGAGGGGCCCAGCCUGGUUGGGCCAUCAUCGGGGCCAGCACGUGCUGAGUUAGAGGGGGGCUUGCAGGCUGCGACUGGGGAAGUCACGGAAGCGGGUACAGGAAAGAAGCCAGACGAAGCCACCCAGGCAAACCGUGCCAGGGUACGAGCUCGCCUUGAGGAGAUACAUGAGCGAAGAGACAGGAUGAAGGCUGCAGGGAUAGCGCCAACGCCACCAGUUGACCUUAAGACGAGUGAGCGGAGGAUUGACGAGUUGUGGGCCAGAUAUGAGGGUCGGAGAGAGGCAGCUCGCCAGAAGGCACAGGGAACGGGCCAGGCAACUAAGGGUGCAGAUGAGGCGAUAGAGGUUGGGGAGCUGGGGUUUUCUGCCACCAGAGAGGCCAUCAAAUGGGUAGACAAGGAGAUAAAGCAGACAUCCAUCACUGCCUUUCACAGGUACUCCCUGCUCAGUGAUGAGCUGGCCCUCAGGAAAGACGAGGUGGAACAGCUGACUGCCCAACUCGCAGAGGAGAGGGCCGAGAACAAGGCCUGGCAAACUCGCCUGGAGGCAAAGGAGGCUGAGUACGACAUCCAAGGCAAGGGGGUGCAAGGGUUGUUUGGCCAAGAGGAGGCAGCAGGGGCAUCUCGACAAGAAAAGUUGGGGAAGGUAUUUCUGGACCCAGCUGAAGCAGAGGCAAGAAAGGAAGCCAACAACGGACGCUUUGAGUUCAAGGCUCCCACUGAGCUGGCUUCGCAGCCGGAGGCCCCUACUUCGGCAGAUGCCCCUACGGAGGCGCUGACUCAAGAACCCCAACCUGCACCAGUAGAAGAAGGGGCGGCCGAGGAGUCGCUGGCGAUCCUUCUGGACGUACAGGAGGGGACUCUCGCUGGGGCGAUGGAGCCUCCACAACUUGAGGUACAGGAGGAGGAGCCGUCACGUCUGGACGAGUUGGUAGCUGUUAUGGAGGUGGAUAUGCGACCAGAGGAGCCUCGGGAGUAGAGAACCCCGGAGCACGAGCCAGAGAUGGGGGAAUUGAGGGCACAACUGGGCUCAUGGGCCACUGGGACAGA